AGAAGAAUUUGUGUGGUUGAGUAAUUCCUCCUAAGAGAAGAAAAUAUCUCUUGUUGCUCAGUUCCAACUAAAGAUGGAAGAAUAUACAGAAAGGUAUGCAGUGGUGACUGGAGCAAACAAAGGGAUUGGAUUUGAGAUAGUUAAGCAGUUAGCUUCAGCUGGAAUCAAAGUGGUGCUUACUGCAAGAGAUGAGAAAAGAGGUCUUCAUGCUUUGGAAACACUCAAAGCCUCUGGUUUAUCUGAUUUUGUUGUAUUUCAUCAACUAGAUGUUGCUGAUGCUGCAAGUGUAGCUUCUCUUGCGGAAUUUGUCAAAUCUCGAUUUGGCAAACUUGAUAUUCUGGUUAACAAUGCUGGGAUUGGUGGAAUUGAAAUCAACGACGGCGAUUUAUACACUAAACUAAUCAUGACAAAGGGGGCGGCACUAUCUGAUGAAGAAUCGAGAAGGGUAAUAACACAAACACUUGAGUCAGCUAAAGAAUGCAUUCAAAUAAAUUAUUAUGGGGCUAAAAGAACAUUUGAAUACCUUCUUCCUCUCCUUCAAUUAUCUGAUUCACCAAGAGUAGUCAAUGUAUCAUCGAGAGCAGGCACGAUGGAGUAUGUAUCAAAUGAAUGGGCUAAAGGAGUGUUCAGUGAUGUUGAAAACCUUACAGAACAGAGAAUAGAUGAAGUAAUAAAGGAGUUAAUCAAAGAUUUUGAACAAGGGUCCUUAGAAAGGAAAGGUUGGCCUAGGCAUUUAGCUGCCUAUAUUGUUGCUAAAGCUUCUAUGAGUACCUACACAAGAAUUACUGCAAAGAAGUAUCCUAACUUCUGCAUCAAUUGUGUUUGCCCUGGUUAUGUCAAAACCGAUAUAACUGCUAAUACCGGUCUCUUCACAGUAGAAGAAGGUGCUGCUCAUCCGGUUAGGUUAGCACUACUUCCCGAUGGUAGUCCAUCUGGCCUCUUCUAUAGCCAGAAUAAAGUUAUUUCAUUUUGAUUGCUGUUAUAUAUUGUAAAAUAUUUUACAAUGUCAUGUAUAUGAUGAAUUCAUAUAGACUUUUUACGCCGUCAAUAAAUCAUGAUUGUCAGAUUAUUAAA